UUUUCCAUCCGGCGCACUUCCGGGUAGCUGAGCUAGCUGUCGGGACGGAACACUUUUGACAAUGAGCAGACGUGUGUAGCCGUCAGAGCAGCUUUACAAUGAGGGGCAUAUUUUUAAUUGCCUUUCUGGCUCCUUGUUGGGUGAAUGGUGCCAUUAGGACAAGAAUUACCGAGGAGGAAAAUCACGAAGAAAACCCAGAGUUCGAUGCUCUGAACUCAAUGCUGUCAGAUUUUGAGGUGCUGCCACUAUCAGGCCUCCAGCUGCACUCUGUAAGAAAGAGGGACGUCCACACCCAAUCUCACCUGGAGCGACUGGUGAGCUUCAAAGCCCUACAAAGACAUUUCAAGCUUUACCUGACCACGAACACAGACCUUUUCACAGAAAAAUUCAAAGCAGUGUUUGUGGACAAACAUGGGAGAGAAGAAAACUUUGAUGUUCAGCUGCAGAACUACUUCACUGGACAUGUUGUUGGAGAGGAGAAUUCACGUGUGCAGGCACACAUUGACGGAGAUGAGUUUUCUGCUCACAUUUUAACGGAUGAAGCAGAAUAUAAUGUAGAGCCCCUGUGGAGGUUUACUGAUUCCCCAACUGAUGGUAGGUUACUGGUUUAUCGCUCGGAGGAUAUCAAGAAUCUGACCCACAUUGUUUCUCCAAAAGUGUGUGGUUACAUCCACGCAGAAGCCCAAGACCUUCUGCCGCAGACUGCCAGGAGUGACUGGGAGGCACAAGAGGAGGAGGACCAGGAAAAUGGAUACCACCAUAGAGAGAAAAGACAAGCACAUGACCAUAAGAAGAAUACCUGCCCCCUGUUACUGGUUGCAGAUUACCGCUUCUUUAAACACAUGGGCCGUGGACAAGAGAGUGUCACUCUCAACUACCUGAUUGAGUUGAUUGAUCGAGUUGAUGACAUUUAUAGAAAUACCUCCUGGGAUGAAGAAUUCAAAGGCUAUGGGGUCCAGAUCCAUCAGAUCAUUAUUAACAAGGAGCCUACAAAGCCUCCCUCUGGCCAAGAUGGCCUCCGCUGGGUCCACUAUAACAUGGAGAACAGCCCUGUGGCGGGAAAGGAAGUCUGGGAUGUGAAGAAACUUCUGGAGCAAUUCAGCUCAGACAUGGCUGAUAAAGCCUCUGCUGUUUGUCUGGCCCACCUGUUCACCUACCAGGAUUUUGAUGAGGGGACUCUUGGGUUGGCCUAUGUGGCCCCCUCCAAACCUCAGGCCCUGGGUGGCCUCUGCCCAAAACCUUACUAUCCAACCCACUCUGUCAAGAAGCCCAGUUACCUCAACACAGGCCUGACCAGCACCAAGAACUAUGGCAAAACCAUCCUCACAAAGGAGGCAGAUUUGGUGACCACUCAUGAGCUGGGCCAUAACUUUGGAGCUGAGCACGAUCCUGAUAACAUUCCUUACUGUGCUCCUAGUGAUGACCACGGGGGGAAGUUUGUCAUGUACCCAAUUGCUGUGAGCGGAGACCAUGUUAACAACAAGCGUUUCUCCAACUGCAGCAAGAUCUCCGUCAGAAAGACGUUAGGGUUCAGGGCUCCUGUGUGCUUCAAGGAGAGAAACAGUAAGGUAUGUGGAAAUUCCAGAGUGGAGGAUGGGGAGGAGUGUGACCCUGGGCUACUCCACCUCAGUAAUGACUCCUGCUGCUCUUCUGACUGCAAGUUCAAACCUGAUGCACAGUGCAGUGACCGAAACAGCCCUUGCUGUAGGGAGUGCAAGUAUGAACAGGCAGGAACAAGGUGCCAGGAACCCAUAAGUGCUACCUGUAAAGGCAUAUCCUCUUGCACAGGUAACAGCAGUCAAUGUCCACCUCCUGAAAAUGCAGCUGACAACACUGUUUGUGUUGACAAUGGCCGGUGUCACAACGGAGAGUGUAACCCCUUCUGUGAGGCCAUGCAGAACCUUCAGUCCUGUGCUUGCAAUGAGACGGAGAAUUCUUGUAAAGUGUGCUGCAGGGGAAAGGAUGGGACCUGCUCUCCCUUUGUCCAGGACAGUGGCAGCUUCCUUUUCCUUCGCAAAGGAAAACCCUGCACUGUGGGCUUCUGUGACGAAGGCGGAAAGUGCAUGAAGCAGGUGCAGGAUGUGAUCGAGAGGCUGUGGGACUUUAUCGACAAGCUGGACAUUAACACAUUUGGGAAGUUCUUAGCUGAUAACAUAGUUGGCUCAGUCGUGGUGUUUUCCCUCGUCUUCUGGGUUCCUCUCAGUAUACUGGUUCACUGUGUGGACAAACGGCUUGACCAGCAAUAUGCGGAGAACACAAAGUCCUUCUACUACCCUCCAAGUCAGAUGGUGGAAGUUUGUAAUAGAGCUCCCGCCAUAGAAUCAAGACAUGCUGAACAACCUCGAGUCGGCGUCCGUGCGCAUCGUCAAGCCUCCUCCGCCUCCCUCCUCCUCCGCCGGCCGGACCGCGCCCUCCUCCCAGCUCCCACAGCCUCAGCAGCUGAGCCAGGUCCGUGCCCCUCCCGCAGCCAGCAGCAGCAGCAGCAGCAGUACCCCGGGCCCCGCCGCGAGCUACGUCCCCACCCCGGACAGCGCAGGGGGGCUGCGGAUGGCCACCAUCCAGGAGGACACCAGCAGCGACUCUCACCCGGGAGAGGAGGGCCUGUCGGACGAUUUCACAACCGCAGGAGCCUGCUCGUCGGCUACGAAAUCCUCCUACGAGGAUCUGACAGAACAGAACCCGCAAGCCAGGGACCGACGGCGCCUCAAGAGGCAGGACUGCAUUGACACUAAAGAGACAGAGUGCUGAGAGUAAUCAACCAUAAUGUACAUGCACCUGAUAUUUGUUAUUUAGGGAACAUGCAAAUACAUGCAGCAUUGUGCUUUUUUCUGUAUCACAUCACAGUAUCUGUUAGUUUAAUAUAAUGCGCCUUUUGUAGAUCAUAUUUCAGUGUUCUGUUGUGCUUCUUUAGUCACUUGUAACUUACACUGCACCUCCAUACAGAUAAUACCUGAGAAGUCUCAAAUCCCUCUAACUGCAGAUAGAAUAAUUAUAGAAUUCAAUUUACAUUUUUGUGCCUUUUGGGCCUUGGCCAGUUGAAGCUCGGGAGGUCUGAGAAUGUCUAGGAUGUAAAUCUGCCGCGAGUUGGUUCCUCAAACACAUAGUUUAAUGAUAAUUUUCUAUUUACCCAGUGGCUAAAUGUGUUACUGAAUAUGCAAAUACUUGCCAGGUCGAAAAGGAGACUAAUGAUUCAAGAAAAAGCCCUGCAGAUUAAGCCCAGUUACUUUGCUGGUGCUUCCUGUGAGAUAUGUAAACUACUGUAAUCACCACAACGCAACCUUUCCAGGUGGUUCCACCAACAUGUCAGCAGGUGAAUAUACGACAUAUUAUGGAUGUUGUAACUGUGGUUAUUUUCCAAACAUUUCAGUGUGAUCUACUAAGAUCGUGGGCUUCUUAAAAGAAGAGUGUUUGUCUUUAAUCUGUCAUUGAUGCACUUGAAGUAUUUUUUAACAUCACUAGAGAAUUGAAGUUUUAUAUAUGUUCCUUCUACACUGUUUCAUUUUAAACUGCAGGCUUGUAUAAUAUUUAUCUCCUGUGUACUUGGAUGCAGCAUUUUAAUCCUGUGUAAGGAAGGAGCAGCAGUUUCUCUAGUGUUAAAUGAAUUUAGACGGUGAAAAUUAAAAUGAGAAAAAGUUCUAUUAUGUUGUUAAACCUCUAGUUGUGCAGUGGUUUUUAAAAAAAUGCUCUCUCCUCUGUGUGGUUGAUCCUUGUAUGAAACAUGGUGCCUUUUUUUGGAUUUUGUGCCUAACUGCUCCAUGCUGACUUAUUUGUGUGCAGGAAUGACCACCACAUGACAUUCUGAAUUCAAGAGUUGAAGCACAGGAUGCUCAAAUAAUACAUUUGUCUGGUUUAAUGUCCUUGUGCCAAUGUGAGCUCUGCACCUCUUUUUACCUAUUUAAUGCUGUCUCAACACUGUUACCUGUAUCUGAUGCUGAACCUGUAACACGUAUUUCAUUGUAGGUCAAGAAAAAUGAGUAGAUUGUGCAGCUGACUUUAUUUCUGCAGGAUGGAUGUGAAAAGUAGUGAACAAAGUUAACCUGCAGUGUUGUACCGAAUAAUGCUUCUGUCUUUAUAAAUGUCAAUCACA